AUUUCCGUUCAACCUCUUGCCAAAGUGGGUCAAGUGAUAGGAUAUUGUGUUUAUCGUUUUCUCACGGAUUUUGGUGUUGUGUUAAGUAAUAAUGUGGAUGACUUUCAAUUAUUGAUGGCGGAUGACAGUGGAGAAAUAGAGCUUGAUCUACCUCCACUUGACAAGGGUAGAGCCAUUGGUGAACUUGGAUUCACAGUCCUAGCUUUGGUCUCAAAGAAGAAAAUGACGAAUGGCGAAUUGCAGUUGAAAUUCAAGGUUAUCGUGUACUUACCAAAUGCGCAACAGUUCGUAUUCGAAUUGGAAAACCUCGAUUCUACUCUACAAUGGCUACGAGAUGAGUCUGUGAGAAGAAAAAGAGAGAACGACAGUGACGUACGGGAACUUGGGCUGAUGCCAGAAAUAGAUUACGAUUUGGAAGACGUAAAUGUGUUUGGCAAGCCCCUAAAUCUACGACAGUCGAUUGCUAACAGCGGUUGCACGGAAUUCGUUCUCGUUAGGAGAUUCAGUUCACGUGGAGAUUUCCAUCCGCGCGGUGGCAUGUUCAGGCAAAAGAGCGCAAUCUUAACGCCUGUAUCUCGCUCAUCUUAUAACAACGUGUUUGAUUUUAGUACACCAAGGAUGAGUUUUGGUGAAGAUGCUCUUUCAGCUAUAAGGUGCGAUUUGUUUGACAUUGUUCCUCUCGCUAACAACCGAAGGUCAUUCUUGCCAAACACCUACCAAAAACCUAUUACUAUCCCUUGGAAUUACCUUUGUGAAGUGAAGAUGGCUGGCCGUGAUACAGCAGAACAAUCAUCAGUCCUAUCACUGACAUGGUUACCAGUGAUGUCGAAAUAUGUUCAUCCAUUCGAGGAAGAAAUUACAUUGCGACAAAUAGCACAAUUUUAUGAUGAUCGCGACUGGAAAACCGUGUGUAUAGAUUUUGAGACUCCUGAAAAGGCGUCACAAGCGAAAAAUCAUAUGAAUGAUGCGAUCAAAGCGCUGAAUUCUCCAGCAUAUCAGGUACUGGCUCCGAAAUACGGUACUUCUUCAACUUUGUUGUAUUCAGAGGGGGAGAAGGAACUAGUUUUGGUAGACUGA